GGAUAUUAAAAUGCAUCCAUAUCAUUAUUUUCCUCUCGGCUCCAGCUUUAAGUGGCUCAGAGACCUUGCUUCUCCAUUUGUUUACAGCAGGAGGUGCCAUAUGCCAAAAUUACUUCGUCCGUGUUAACAGAUGGGGGAGCCAUUGUCUAACAUGAAGUCAUUACGCUGCUGCCCCCUCAAGCCCCCACACUCUGAGGCCCCAUCUCUCCCCAUCCAUCAAUAAAGAAAACUGCUCCACAGACUCAAAUAAGUAAUUGUAAGUGGGUUACCCCUGAAAAAUUCUUCCUCUUAUUAUAAAUGAUUCUGGUAAAAUAUCACUUUGAAUAUGCGUGGCGCAUUGUGCCGUUUUUACGUGAGCAUCUCGAUUUUCAAAGCGACGGUAUAAACUGCAGGACGUCUUCGUGCAACCAAGGCCAUUCAAACAGCCUGUUGCGCGCAGGCCCAUGUAAAUUUGGUGGCGCACGCAUGGCGCACUGAGCCAAAGAUAGAGUAACAAAUCAGGAAUUUCCCUCCUGCCACUCCUGAGAGCGCAAGAGAGGACAAAAGUUGGGGAUUAAGCGCUGUUCCUCAGAGAGGAAAGCGAAAGGCAGCUCAUUUGUCCUUAUUUUGUGUCAAGAUUCCCAUCGUUCAGCGCAUUUCCAGACACGUAGAGGAUAAAUAAUUGGAAAAGUUGUUUUACUUUUAUCACGAGUCUGGAUCCAUCAGCCCUGCGUGCUUGCUUAUUUUUAAGAAACUUUGCUGGAAUAAACGACCAACUUCAGGAGAACAGCGUCCAUCAAGAAAACUGCAAGCUUGGUUUUUAUGAGUCUUUCAGCUGUUCGGUUUGGAUACUACUAUGUGUCGCUGAUCACUUUUUUGCUGCUGAGUCUCUGGAUGGCGUAGGUGGUUGCAAGACUUUGAAACCAUCUUUCUAGACACGGAUUUAAAUAUUUUUUGGAUGCUUAAGCUGUAGAUUAUUCCAAGGAAAACAUUUCGGAGAGUUCAAAAGUCAGCGGAUAACAAACAUCGUGGCUUUAGGAGCGGGGGAAUGCGGAGAGAAAACGGCGUCUAGAAGGAUGCUGCUGCUUGUACAAUGGAAGUGAAGAACUCUUUUGCUGUUGUUGCGGUGGUUUGUCUCUUCUUUUGCUCCACUUUCAGCCAAGAACUCAACCCUAAAGGCAGGAAUGUGUGCAAGACGCCUGGGUAAGAACCAAAACAGAAAAAAAUGUAACGUAACACACUGCUCAUAAAUGCGAAAAAGUUGUUCUUCGUAACUUUUUACUUGUGACGUAUCUUGCCUCAUUCUCUCUUACAUGCCCCAUCUGUGAAGCAACUUUUAGUCAAAAUAGGACCAUUCAGAGUUAAAACCGUUUAUGAGGUGCACGUUUGAUAGUUUCCCUAGUAUUACAUGUUCAUAACCUGAAAAGUUAUUACUUUUAAAUUGGAGCAGAACUUUUUACAGCUUCAAAAUAGUGACAUUUUUUGCAGUGUUGGCCCUGUGAUCGAAUAGCGGUUCACACAACAGCGAGCGAAGUCGAAACUUGGUUAAAUGAGCGAACUGUUCAGGUUUUUUUAUUACUUUUAAACACAGUUCUUAGAAGAAAUCUUCAUUUUGUCAUUGCAUGACUUUAUUUUGCGCUAAUUUGCGUGUUUUCGAUAUGUAACGUGUUUCCAGUUCUCUGUUCCGCAGGAGGAGAAGGAGGAGUUCAGUAGGCUAUUACAGAUGUGUGCAUCUGGAACAAAAGUGUUUACAUCUCUCUGUAGGGGGCGCCCUCCUUGACCUUAAUAGCACUUGUGUUACUGUUUGAUAACGCAUUUAGGUUCGCUGUGCAAGUUUUGUAAAGUUUUAAAAAGUUUCAAGCUCCUAUGAGGAGAUUUCGGUUGGUUAUAAAAAGACAACAAUUAAAAUCAGAAAAUGAAGGCUACUCUACGACCCACAGAGGGCAACAAGACCAUCAGCAUAAAGAGUUAUUAUCCUGAUGGGGUGGGUGUGAGACUCCAAGAUUAAAGCUCCUCUAAGUAGUUUCAAGCAAGUUGUAAAAAGACUGAAAUUGAGACAGAUUUUUUUUUUUUUUUUAACCAACAAAGGCAAAGAAGACCAUCAUAAUAAAGUGCACCUAUAUCUAUAUGGCUAUUUUUGAUGUGUGAAAAUACCACCAAGGUUUAUGUAUCCAACACUUAGAUUAAAGCUCCUGUGAGAAGUUUUCAGCUGGUUAUGAAAUGGAUUGAAAUGAAAAUCUAUGACUUUUUUUGUGACCCACAAAGCAAUUCAUGCAAUCUAUAAGAAGAGAUAUUAUUUCCUUAAAGGGGGUUUUCAUGCUUGAAAGUGCUACCCGGGGGUAGGUGUCAGGCAGGGAGAUUGAAGCUCUACUGUGGAGUUUUGAGCUGGUUGUGAAAUAGACUUUAAAUUAGAUUGAUUGCACAUUAUGACAUAAAAAAGCAAACAAGACCAUCAAUAAGAGGAGUGACUAUGGUAAUUGUGUUAAUUUGAAACCAGUGGCAAAUGGUGGGUGUCAAACCAAUAAUUUAAGGUGUUUUAAAAGCACAAAUCUUUAUCAAGUGCUGGACUUGACUGUAAGAAAAUGGAGCUAAAUGACACCCAUUACACAUACAGCAAAAUUAGCUGAGAUUUUUGUCCAAAGAGGGCACCAAAACCAACACAAAAUGUCCUCACAGGAGCUUUAAAAAAAAGUUAAGGUACCUAAAAAACAUUUCUCGAUGACCUCUGGGAUUCAAGCCGCGCGUGGUGUGAAAGAAAACACCAAAGUCCAUAAUUGCUAACUGUAGCGUCCAAGCUUGUUGGACGGAUGUCUUUGAAUCUGGAAAUUGUGUUUGGCAGGAUACAAACGAUGUAAUCUUGGGCUCGUUGAGGGAUGAGGGAUAAAAGAUUAUCACUCACAGUUUCACAGUUACCUAGACACUUCUUGACCUUUUUGGCUUAUCCGAGAGGCUGAAAAAGUUAAGAUUCUGACCUGGUUUCAUGUUAUUGUUCUUUUUGACGUCAUUGGACAAAAAAGUGUUGCUUAUCCUAAAAUCACAGUGCUUUGUAAAGUUUCCAUGUGUAUUUGCACUCUGCGAGUUUGACAUUCUACCCCCCUGUAAGAGUGUUUGCCAUUCAUCACAGUGAACUCACUUGUUUUUCAUAUUAUACCCAUUAUGUUUUUAUUAUUCCAAGUUGAGUGAUUUCAGCGCUUGGGUUUGGAAAAUGUGUUUUUGAAUUCGUGAAAAACAGCUAUUGGAGUGUUUGGCAAAGGUGGUCGGUACAUAUUUUUGUGCAGUAAUGAAAGGCCAACAGGAGUGCAGCAAUAAAAAAACAACCCAACUGCACAACAUGAACGCCUGUACUGCCUUUGUGAGGUCGAUGAGGGUCAACUGUACACAUGUGGGCUGGGGCAGCACAGCUGAAUAAAAAUGAACCUGGUGUCAUAUUUAGCACGCGCACAAUUUCAGAUGAAACAUCUUUCUCUCAUUAAGAGCGAAGGUACACCGAGGUUAGACCUGCGAUCUCCUCCACGCGCCGACUCUGGCAGGAUAAAAAACAGCGCAGAUCCCCGCUCAUUGACAGAAAGCAAGCUGCUAUCUUCAAACGCUCUAAAGGAAGCUGACGUGUUGCAGGGGGCCCCGCGGAGGUCACAGGCGUGGGAGGAAGUGUAGACGCAUUCGUCCUUUUCCUGACAGGCCCAAAAACUUGGCUACAGAAUUACGGUCUCUGAAUUUUCACUGUCCUACUUCUGUAAAUCCCCAAAGGCUGAGGGGAGCUAAAGAAACUGAUAAACAAAGCAGAUUCGGGGGUUAAGAGGCUAUACAGAUGGGGGAGGCUAUUAUUCAUGUAAUUAUUCAGGCAUGUGCUAAACAUAUGCAACAUGCGCUGUACAUAGCCCUGCAUACGUUUGCAGAUCUGAGCCACAUCAAUGAAAACUUUCAGAUCAAAGCAGCUCCGGUUGGGUGUGGAUGCUGCAGCUUCGAGAUGUGUUUGUUUUACUGUAUUUUAUCCCAGUUCUUCAUCAUUACCCUCUAACUCAGAGUCUUGUAACUCUUUUUUUUUAGAUCACCAGGAUUUGUGUGCUGCAGUGGAUGGGGGCAGCUAGGGGAUGAAUGCCUGACACGUAUGUACCCCCCCCCCCCACACACACACACACACACAUACACACAUGUUGACAGCUCACUGUGAACCCGGUUGUAUAAUGUGGCUUGUUUAUCUUGUUUAUCCAAGCUCUCUGUGAAGGCAACUUCACCUGCAAGGAGAAAGAGGUGUGUGUCAGGCCGAAUGAAUGCCGCUGUCGUCCUGGUUACUUUGGAGCCAACUGUGAGACCAGUAAGUGAUUUUUCAAAAGUUUUUCCAAGAUUUCUUCAAAAGGUCAAACGAGUAGAAAAUGUUCCACCUUGAAAAUACCAAUUUAUCAGCAGCAAAUGUGUUUCUGCUUUUGAGGGUUUUAGCUCUGCAAGCAGCUUUGGGGACCACAGUGUUGCUCCAUCCAGUGUCCGCUGCUUCCCUCCAGGCUGAGAAAUUUUGACAAGAAUUGGAGAGAUUGCUAGGAAAUUGUGCACCUGUAGUAUCUGGAAAUAACCAGUGGAUAAAAACUAACUACAUUGCCAAUUCUGGGCUUUAUUCUCUGUGAACUGCUUUGAUUUUCAGAAUAAUAUGUGCACAUUUUGACAUUUUACCACUUUUCUUUGGGCCUAAUACUUAAUUCAGCUUUAGUGGUGUUUCUGUGCUAGCUUGCUUACACAUGUUUAUGAACACACUCAAAUAGAUUAUGACAACUUGCAAGUAAAACAACACAAGAAAAAGGUAAAGCAACAUAUUACUUAAACUUUACGAACACAAACUUAGCUUCCAUGUUAACAUUCAUUUUUAAUGAUGUUCCAAUUCAUGUUUUAUCCACAUCAUCGGCCCUGUGAUCAAAACUUCUACUCAGAAGAUAUAACCCUUAAAUAAUGUUUGUCAUGCUUUUAGUUUGAUAUUUUCUUUUUCAAUUGCUUCAUUCCUUGCACUAUAAAACUGUGCUCUUAUUUUGAGGACUACAACUUCAGGUGGGUAGUAAGUUGCAGAAUCGGAUGAAAACAGUAGAAAAACAGCGGGAAAAUAUAAAUAUUUCACUGAUUGGUAACCUAAAGAGGCCUUUCUUCUAAGAUUGUCACAAUAAAUAUUUGAUUGUCAGUUUAUAAAAGCGUUAAAUUAUCUCUUAAAGGGCUAAUACAAGGAGCUAGCAGCUGCAGUUACCUUUUUGUCUCCUCUGUUGUAUGGCUUGUAUCAACCGGGAUAAAAGACCACUACUGUGAGCUCACAGUAUUACUGUAUGUCUAUUUUUAGCACAACAUUAAUAUUUCAUUGAUUUUGAAUGCCAUUAUGGUCAGUAUCAGUAUAAUACAACAGUGUCAGAGACAAAUAUGCUGCUGUGAUGUCUAAACCUGAAAGCGCUGAUGUAUCUCAGCUCUCUCAAAUGGCCCAUAUUUUUUAGAUAAAGGGCAGUUUCAUGAUUGCAAAUAAGAAUCUUGAUGGUUUGAAACAUUUUCAAGAAAUGGCCCAACGCUAGUUUUGUGUUUCCCCUCAAAGACCGUAAUGCUUAUUAUGAAAAUAAUGGUCCUCUUCAGAGUGAGACCAACGAUUAAGCAACAUGUACUUGAAGAUAUGGCAAACUCUUUUCUUGACAAUACAUCGCCACAGCAGAAGACAGAGUUGCAGCAAAUUGAGUCCAAGCUGUUAUUCAAAUCUGCAUGGUUCACAUUUGGUCUUAAAAAUAAGGUUGAUCAAAAUGACAAACUCUCCAGGGGCAGAUCCAGACCUCAUUGGCCAAACUGAACAGAAAUGGCAUUUCCUAUCUUCUUAUCUGUUUAAUGUUUUAAGACAAGAAUAAAUGCAGCAUUGAAACGCAAAGAGAGCUGAUGGCAGCCUUUUUGAAACACACUCUAAAUCAUACACAUACACUAUAUGUCACUUCUCUAAUGAUGUACAAAGCCAGUCAGGUUUAAGAUUCUUGGGUGGCCAACCAGUUUUUAUAAAGGGCCGUGGUCACCCCUAGCUACCCCUUAGAUCCACCCCUGGCACUCAAAGUUGCAAAACUGUUGUCUGCAAUGUGGCACUACGUGGUUGCAACAUAUACUUAUUUUAUACAGCCUGUGUUACAACCCCGGACAUGGCUCUUUCCUUUUGUUCAGGAAUGUUUGUUUUCCAAUACUUAAUGACUGUCCUAUGUUUGAACAGAGUGUCCUACCCAGUUCUGGGGCCAUGACUGCAGAGGGAAAUGCAACUGUUACCCCAACGGUCAUUGUCAUGAUGAGACCGGCCAGUGCACCUGCAAUCACAACCGUUGGGGACCAAACUGCGAGAAUGCCUGCAUGUGCCAGAAGGGCAAGUGUGACCAGGAGACGGGCAAAUGCACAUGCCACCCUGGCGUCUGGGGCCCGCAGUGCAACAACAACUGCUACUGCAGCAUCAACUCCAUCUGCGAUCCCAUGACCGGUCGGUGCCAGUGCAACCCUGGCUGGACGGGGAGGAACUGCGCAAUUCAGUGCAACUGUAACAACUCACCGUGCGACCAGUUUACAGGACGCUGCCAGUGCCGGGAAAAGCUGUGGGGCCCGCGCUGUGAGCGAUACUGCCAGUGCAUCCACGGCAAGUGCAACCAGGCGGAUGGCUCAUGUACCUGCACACCGGGAUACCGUGGGAAGUUCUGCAGGGAGCCGUGUCCUGCAGGGUUCUACGGUCAGAACUGCAGGAACAGGUGGGGGAAGAAAACUUGGCAGAGAGCAAAUGUACUAUUUCAAACACAGAGGAAACAUGCAGUUUUAACAGAUGUCUAAUGUUCAGCUCCUCUGUCUGAUCCGCAUUAUAGUGCGGUUUUGUGGUUUGAUAGGAAAUAAGAUUUGAUAUAUGCUGCAGGUGAUAACCCAUAAAAUAUCUGAACAUGUUUCUUAAUGGAGCAAUAAUACAGUCAGAUUUGGGAGUUGGUAUCCACAUUAUCCCAUAAUCAUCAGCCAACAUGAAAAAGCAAUUCAGGUUAAGUGUUUCACCUUCCACGGGUUGUGCUGAUCUCAGAGGACGCUGUUGCUAUAAACUGAGGAGAAACAAAGUUCAAUGCUCCUUAUCUCCAUCUUUAAACCACAAUUAGGGAAAACAGGGUUCAGCAUACAAAUACAGACUCUUUCCAAUAGGGAGGAUUUAGAUCCUGAUUUCUACUCCACUUAUCCCUGAUUGAACACAGAUGUGGGCACUGCAAAGGCCAGCAGCCCUGCAAGGUGACAGAGGGGCGCUGCAUCACCUGCGACAGAGGCUGGAAUGGGACACGCUGUGACCAGCUCUGCUCCAAAGGCUUCUUUGGCGAAAACUGCCAGGAGGUGUGUCCCACCUGCAAAGAUGGCCACCACUGUGAUGCUAUCCAGGGCAAAUGCUCCCACUGUAACCCAGGAUGGAUUGGGGACAGGUAAAGAAAAAAAAAAGAAAAAAAAAAACAGAAUCUGCAAAGCUGAACAUUAUACUGUGUUUUGCUUUAACGAGUAGCCCCUCAAAUGCAUUUUUCCCACACUGUGAUAAUGUCUGUGGCUCAUUCCACUCAGCCUGAAAAUGACUGUAAUCACCGCAUUCCUUUCCUGUGUGAUAGGUGCGAGGUACGCUGCCCCAACGGCACAUACGGCGAGAACUGCGAGAACAACUGCAGCCACUGCUUCAACGGCAUCUGUCAUGUUGUCACCGGAGAGUGCCUGUGUGACCCAGGGUUUUACGGCACCUAGUAAGUCAUGAGACACUUCAUACCUCCAAAUGAAAAGUCAUGUCUUUUGCCUUCGGCAGCUUUGCUGUAGGAGGGCUUUCAUAUGAACUGCGUCACACACUCAGGGUGUGAAGAAGGAGUUUGUGUUUGAGGCAUUUUUCACUGAUAUGGUGAUAAAAUAGUUGCAAGAGGAAGAGGGAUCGCAAUUGGUGAUCCACACUGACUUUAACGGAGACAUGGUGGCGCUCUACAUGAACAAACAUCCCUAACAAGUUGUUGUAACUUUUACCUGCCAGUCAGGUCCCUGUCCUUUAAUGUAUAUCCCUCUAUUUCAUUAUCAGAGUCCUCUGAUUAGUAUGAAUCCAUCUGUUGCUGAGCUGAAAUAUCGUACGCAGGGCCAGCAGGGGUGUGUCUGAUCAGCCUGGGUACUGAUAGUUUUGGGGUGGCCUAAAUAGCAUUUAUAAUUUCAUUCUUGUUGUAGCACUAUGACAAAGUAUAGGGGCCACAUUCAAGGUGUUGAUUCAAGAUUCAAAAAUAUCUAAAGUUAUUUACUAAUGCGGUUAAAGAGGGUAAAAUCAUCAUCAAAGCUGUUAACUGGCCACAAAAUGUGGUUCUUAGUCUUUUCAGAGUCCUGGAACUUUACACAAUGUGAUGCUGAGGGGCCAAAUCAUUAAAGGUUCAGAUUUUUUAGGGAGAGGGGGUAUAUAAACUAAAACUAACAAAAACUGAACCGAAAAGCUAAAAAUCCUGCCUUAAAACUAUCUAAACUGAACUAAAACCAAAAACACUCAGCCUGAAAUUGAUGUUUUUCUCUCUUGUCUUUUAGCUGUAAUAUGACCUGUCAGCCUGGCCAGUAUGGAGUGAACUGCAACCAAACCUGCUCCUGCAACAACAAGAACUGUGAUCCUGUGUCUGGCGCUUGCAAGCUAUGUAAGAAAUCACACGCUCUGUGUUUAUGACGUCUGUAAAAUUUUGUUUUCUGUUUACCGAGCCCGCCAUAAACAAGUCUUUUUCUAAAUAAUGUACUUUUGCAGAGGCAAAAACAGUCAUUUCUUGCCUCCGUAGCAGAGAACUGUGUGUCCAAAGAACCAGAUGCCACUAGAGCUGCAUGUGUAUUAAAUGUCUCAUAGUUGGCUGUACCAACAAACACGUCUAUUCAGGUCAGUGUUUGUAGCGGGAGAGUGAGCGUAGCGAGGCCUUGAUAGCGUUUCCAGACCCAGACCGGUGUCCUUUUUAUGGCUGUGUUUGUUGGCUGUGUUCCUGUCCAGAGAGAGAGAGAGAGAGAGAGAGAAAGGAAGGAAGACAUAAAGAGGGGGAUGGUGAACAUAUGAGGGGAGAAGAAGCUGGAAGAGAGACAGAGUGGAGCAGAAAACUUAGCGGACACGAAAAAUCUGGACAGUGAUGUCAUAAAACUUUGACACCUCCACCUUAUCCUCCCCCUGAUCAUUUCACUCCUUAAUCCAGCUGUGAGUAGUGACAGCACGCCACGCCCAGGACUGUCCCACAAUCCGUCUCAGCCUUGUGUGACAGACCACCACUGCUUACCUCUCCGCUGGUGUCAUCUGUCCUCGCGAGCGCCAAAUGCCGUCCAUGCUUAUGCAACUCGGGGGUUAUUAUCUCCGGGGUGUAUCCCACUUGGAGAGGGAGGGGUGCUAAUAAAUCAGCAAUGAGUUAUGGUGCAAGUAGAGGGGAGGAGGGUGAGGGGGGCUUGCUGGGAAUCAGCUGUGAGAGGGUAAGUGGGAAGUCUAGAGGGAGAUAAGAUGAAUUGUAAGUAAUUUGUUUCAGCAAACUCAUUUCCAGAGAGAUGCUUCAUGUCAAGCAGCAAUUAAAAAUCGAUUGUUAAUGCAGCACUUUGCUCCAUCUGUUGAUGAUGUCAUUCAUAAAGAUCAUGCACAGUUAUCUUAACCCUCAUCUCGAUUAAUCUGUAUCCACCUCCACUCGAAUAAUCUGUCGUGUUAGUGAUGACCGAGAAUUGUUGAAUUGUGUGGCACACCCAUAAUUCCCUCUUUCGUCUCCUCUUUCAGUGCCCAACCAGCGGAUGGGUGUGAUUGCAGCUGGAACCCUGGUCUCCUUUCUGCUGAUCGUCCUGCUCUCACUGCUGUGCUGCUGCUGCCUCUGCCGGCACAAAGACGACCACAAGUGAGUGACAGAUUGGUGUCUUCACCUUGGCGGUGCAUGAUGGGAGUUUGGGUUUUUUUGAGGGAGGCUCACCCUGGUCAGGAAAACAGAGGAAAGUGUUUUCUUUGCAGUCUUUCUCACAGGUACUAGGUUGUUAUGAAUUAAUGCAUAUCAUUUGUAUUCUGAGGACUUCUUAUGUGUUGACACUACAGUGCAAGCAGCCCCAGAGCCUCAAAAAGAGGCACAGGGCCAGAUUAAUAUGCCUCCUCUGAAUGAUUCAUUUAGAUUUCCAUGGCAUCAUCCAUUUUCAAUCCCAACCAAGACAACUCUCUUUCUUUCUCCCUCUACCAACAGCAAAAAAGCCAAGCGGAUCCUGUGUGGACGAUUCAGCCGAAUCAGCACUAAACUUCCCCGUAUUCCACUGAGGCGACAGAAACUGCCCAAAGUAGUCGGUAAGCCCCAAAACUCUGGUUCAUAUCCCACCGCAGAGCUGCCAGAAGCUGCUGGAGUUUUAUGUAAUCAUCCUCUCAACACAGUCUGCGAAAGAAACAUCAAUCUGAGCUCUUCAUUAGCUCAUCAUGAUCAGAUGGUGGCAAAAGAAAACACAUUUGGUGGCACUAGCACACGCUUUAUUUUUGAAGUAGAAGAAGAGAUUCAGCUGAGGAAAGUAAAUGCAGUUAGGUGAGGAGCUGAUUCAACAUCUUUGCUGAGGGAGAAGUGAGAAUUUCAGUCUCAGUAGACAUGUUAAAAGUAGCUCUGAAGGAAAAUUCUGCUUUUAGCAAAGUUUGCUGAACAUUUCAGGGUAUUUGAGAGACCAAAUCAUUAAUGAACCAAAAUCAUUAAUGACAGCUGAAUUUACUCCAAUGUGGAUGUGAAAUUGAAACAGGUUUCAGUAUUAAAUGGCACUGAAACCUAGUUCAAUACUGUCGCAACAAGACAGUUACCUCCUGGUUGGUUUUGUUGUUUUUGAUUUCUAACCUGCACAUUCAAAAAGAAAAUCAUCAUCACAUUUUAGCCAAGGACUACCCUAAAUUUCUUCAAAUUACUCUUAAUCAUCCUUUUUAUUGAAAAUAUGUAGUGUAUAUAUGAUCUAAGGUUCACCUCUUUGGGUUUAAUAAUUCAGAAUUCUGGCCGAUUAGCGGCAUUUCGGGAGAACCAACAGCGGUCAAUAUCUUGGCUCAUGAAGCCAGUUAUAAGAACUAAUAAAUAAUGUCUGCAGACACUGCAGGCAGCGUAGUCAGUGUAGCUACACUGACCAGUGUAGCUACACUGACCAGUGUAGCUAGGGACCCAGCUGCAAUUGAAUAUGAUUUCUGCCAUGAUUUACAGACUAAAGAUUGAAAACAUGUAACUUGCUCAGAGAACUAUAUAUAUAUAUAUAUAUAUAUAUAUAUAUAUAUAUACAUACACACACACACACACACACGCACGCACGCACACACACACACACACACACACACACACACACAAACACACACACACACACAAACAGAGUAUAUUUGUAAUAUGCAUGAGACUAUGGGUGUUAUUGGAAAAUUGUUGCAUUUAUUAAACUCAAACCAAAAAAUGUGAUGUUGGCAUCAUACAUGAGCCAUCUGCAAAACUGUUCUGUGAUUGUUUGUAUAAGCAUCAACCAUCAGUAUAUGCUGACCUGUGGAUGAGGACAGUUAGUGGCAUAGUGCCUGUGACAGAGGACAGAGCGGAGAGACACAGCUACAAGUGAAACCAGUUUCGGCACCAUCAUAUUUGCACAUUUCUACAUGUGUAUUUGUAAGCUCUUGAGAGUGUUACGGCUGUGAAACAAUCAGCAAAUAACUUCUGAUUGUUUUACUUUAGAAAUAAACAUUUUCAAUUUGGGGCGAAAAGUCAGAGGCAUGCAGAGUCAGGUGAAAAUUAUAUCCGAAAGCUCUUCUCUAGGGUUUUUCUGUUCCCCCUCAGCUUUGCUCAUGUCAUAACUGUGUUGCUGUAUGACAGAUUUUACUCAUGAUGGAGGUGUCAGAGGAUAAUAUCUGUGGUGUGACUGGCUGCUGAAGCUUUUUUUAUGUUUUCAAAGGAGGCAGUGACAGCGAUGAGUGACAGUCAGAGUGAUCCUUCUGCGUCAGUGCUACCUCAGUCUGCUUUUACAGAUGAAUAGGGUUGAAAAGUGGACGGUGGCUGCCAGGCAAGGAGUGUGGGGUUUCAUUUGAAAGGAAUGCACUGGUUUUAGAGCCCCUUAUUUUUCUUGGCACCCUGAAAUGCCAUGUGUUCAUAUUAUUACAACCCUAAACUGGGGCUUUUUUCCCCCCACAUUUUCUUACUUACUUGUUUCCAUCGUCUUCUUCCCCAAUGAGAAAACUUUUCUCGGGCUGAGGAGGCCAUGUUAUUAAAAGAGAGCUGAUGGUUGUCGGGGGCCUGGGUGGUGAUGAGUGACAGGCUAUCAAAGGCAGCACUGUUUAGGGGGACGCUGCUGCUCUUGUGGAGGUUUCGUGGUCUGUGACAGAUCCGUUUGUGACCCCUGGUUUAUUUUUUACAGCAGAAAGCUUUAUGACUGUUCAAAGCUGUUUAGGGCUCUUUGUGUUUAAAGCUCCUGUCAGGACUUUUUGGUGCUGCUUUUGGCACCUCCCUGUGGGCCAUUAUGUACAUCUUACCAACUAGCCAGGGUAGUAUUUCCUGACCAAAAAGUCCCAUCCUGCCACUCAUGAUUAUUUCGUUCUGAAGGCUGUUUCUUUAGUUUGACACCCAACCCCCUUAGAUUGACUUUAGGCAUUACAUUUCCUAAAUAAAAACUAUCGAUCUUGAUUCUGAUGAUCUUGUUUACUCAUGUAGUUCAAGAGGAGGCGUUGAAACUAUUUUCACUGAGUUUGAAAACAAGUUAAAAACCUCUUAGGCUAGCUUUAAGAUGCACUUUUAAUGUGUCAUGUGUUGUUUGAGCUGCACAGCCACCAGCAACUACCCAGAGCCAUGGUUAAUGACCACAAUGCUCUAAAGCUCUACUACCCAGAUGUAAACAAGCACAUACCAGGUACUGUAUCUCUUAGCACAUCUUGUAUAAGAAGCUGAUUGAUUUGAUCUAGAAAUUGGAGAUGAAGUUGUAUGUCAGCUGUUUCUCGUCAGAGCAGCAUGUGACCACACUCUAAUUUGCAUCAUCUCAGAUUUGUGCCCAGUACUGGUUGCUCCCCAAGCAUUUUCAAACCCAAGGACUAGCCAGUCAUUCAGUCAUGGUAAUUCAAAUUAUUAUUUACACCAGAGGUUUCCUAAAACCGAGGCCAGGACCCGAAACAUUGAGUGAGGGUCCCUUCCUAAAAGCAUCUGAUAUCUAGUCUAAAACUUCAUCCAUCUUUAUGCUUAAAGUGUGAAAAUAGUUGUUAUUUCAGAGGAGCCAUUUCAGUCAAUUGUGAUGUUUACUGUAAGAGUGGUGUCAGCAGGUCUGCACAGGAAACAGCAGCAUGUGCUCAAAGUUAAGAUAGCUUUCAUUCUGCUUCUGGUCUUUCAUAAGUAAUUGUCCUGUUGGUGUAAGUGAGCAAUGUCUGACCACCCUGGAGGGACAGUGGAGGUGGCUACUCUUUUUAAGGGUCCUGUCCUGAUAUAAACAGCUAGGAAGCUAGUCACUCCAGAACAUCCCUACUCUGUACUUCUCAGAGAACACAAACUAAGAGUGCAAACGUUUGUGUUUCCCUCCCAGAGAAGGAGACUAAUAUUUCUGAGGAUUCCUCUGAUGAGUUAGUCAGAAAUGAAACGAACGACUGUAUUCAAAGCUGUUUUAUUGUUAGUUCACUCCUUUGGUAUAAUGCCAGCUCCUCAGAUUUUCUGCUCUCGCCUGUUUCAUGUCACUGUAAGUGGAAUUUCUGGGCUGCUGGACUGACAAUCCCAUCAUUGGCUGCCAGCUCUGCAAACUUGUGGUUAAAAUCUUUGUCUCCUCUCUGACAUUUAUACACUUGGUGAUUGAUUGGUUAAAAAUAUAGAUACAUAGCACCGUCUGAGCCCUGUAAGCUGUAAUCUGACUCUACCUCAGCCUGGGCUGAAGUCACUCUGCUGUGGAAGGAGUUAAAACAUGAUGACCUGAUUUCUUUUCCAUGUCUGAGCAGCAUGUGCUGUCUCACUUAUUCAGCUGAUUUUUUUAGCUUGAAUCCGUCUCAAUUAUGACUCAGUCAUAAUACAAAAGUAGGACAGAGUUGUCUUUGUCUCUGCAGAGUGGGAUAUUAAUACGCUUGUUUGGGAAGAGCUGGACCACGUGCAGCAGUUUGCCAGAGGCAUGAAAAGCAGCAGCAUCCCAUUCAAAGACCCUUUUUUCUGACACUUCUUUGAAACACUAAGAAAGACAAACAACUUUUAGGCUUUAUCAGUCAAAACUCUGUGACUUCUCCAACAUCAAAUAAGGCUAAAAAACACCAGUUCAACCCAAGAACAGACUCUAAUAUCCACCAGUACUCGGGUGAGUCUCCUGGCCUCCGGUUAGUCCAGAAUGUUGCUCUUCUGCUUUGUGUCGAGGGCGACCCACAGAAGCAUGGUCUGCCAACAUUUAGAAACUCAAACUCUGACUGGGGCUACACAGUCCUGCACACACACAUUCCAGAGGGGGCCCGAUGGGGCUGGAAACAGGAAGUGGUCAAAUUUACCCCAGCCCGUGUCAGAACUGUGAUUUAUCCACACCAGGGUCAGUAGCAACAGAUGUGGCAAGAAAAUGAAACAGGAACAGGGGAGGGAAGUGGGGGGAGGAGGACAUCAUUUACUGGUCUGUUAGCAUAGCUAGCCUCGGAGAAUCAGCCACAUGAAUGCUCUGUCACCUUUUCCCCGUUGUGGUUAAACUGAGGUGUGUAGUUUGGCCUACAUUCAAAUCGUAUUUACCCCACACCCUAAACGGACGCACAUCUGACUGACAUUUCUUACAUCCUCACCUGUGAGGAUGUGAGCAACACCGCCUCCUUUUUUAUCUUUGUUUAUCUGAGGAAAGUUUGCGAAUAUCUGCAGCUCUCAACCUCACACUCACAUCUAUACGUCUAAACUCAUUACCUUCAUGCACUAUUACAAAAAGUGUUAAAAGCUGCUUUAGAUUAAAUGUGGGCUCAGGCUCCAGUCCUCCCUAUCAUUACAUACACAAAUGAAUAUGUCCAUUGUUUGGAUCAUUGGCUCUGAUUUGGCUGUGUUGGAUGCCAUUCAGUGUGCUGUAUUUGUGUUAGACCCUGCAUGUAAUCCUGUAACCCUAACACAUGCUAUUUCAGGCUGAAACAUAUUGUUUCUUCUUUUCAUUGGCAAGCUACACCCCCACUCUAAGCCCAGGUUUCCACAGCUGGACCAGACAUUUGAACUAGCAACCCCCUGGUCCCAGCCAAGCUCAGGUCUGCCUCAGGUCUGCUAAUGCAUCCCCCCACCGAGCAACUGUGGUGGCGGAGCCGUGCAGCUGGGACGUGUCAAUAAUGCCCUGUUGUGCAUCGGCCUCCAUGUAGGGCGGGACCACAGCGGCAUCCAGUCUGCAGAACAAUCAGCCCCACUAGACCCUCAGUCUGCAGAGAGCAGCUUUCAAGGGCAGCAGUUGUUCACAGCUACAUACAAGUCGUGUCACAAAAUGCCCAUGUGUCAGCUUGUUGACAAACUGAAUUGAAGGCCUUGCAUAGAAGAGCUGCUCUACAUUCCUCACUUACUCAGAGGCUCUGCGUGUCUAAAUGCCUCUGCAAAGUGAGGGCCCUAUAAAAGAGCUGGAGAGAGGAGUAUGAGGGUCAGAGGAGAGGGACAUUAUUUUUCACCAUUUACACACUUUGAGAAUAAAAGUCACAGUUUUGAGGAUAAAGUUGAUAUUUUAGGAAUUAAAAAAAAAAAAAAAAAAACGGCAACUUUUAGGGCCUGUUUGAGACAAAAUAAGUGAAGCUUUGUGCUGACUUCCAUCACAAUCAUCAACAGCUAAAUUUAUUAUCUCACUUAUUCAUCAAUAUAUUUAUUCAUGGAUUGUUUAGUUCCACCAAACUUUUUUUUUAUGUUUCCUUUUUAAAGCUGCACAUUUCCUUUGCUGUUUUUUUUUUUUUUUUUUUUUUAACAGGUGGAAAACAAAGCCCAAAUUUAAGACUAGGGGCUCUAUUCUCGUGCCCGCCGGCAACACAGCAAAAGGGUGUUUGUCUUACUAGAGGGUCCAACAUUACACACACCAAAUCCAUCUGUGCUCAUAUGAGAGAGUGUGGAGGACACCCUCUGCAGAGCUUACAGCGACACUUGUUGAGGGGCUGCCUUCUGUCACCAUCGUGUGGCAUUACUGUCUUCAGACAUCUCUUGAUCUCUUCGACUACUUAACGAAAAUUGUAAUACGCCUUGCCGGUGGCGGGUUUAAAGGAGAGGAGAGGAGUGGUUCUGAUAGGCAAAAACAGGUCUCGGCUGUGUUAAACCCACUCCAUGCCCUCUCUACGACUCACACCACUGGGAGGAGCUGAGGUAGGGAGGGGGGAUACUUAAACUGGGCUGCGCCGCUCACCAAAAUACCAAAUUUUGCUUGGGUCGGCACGGCGGCCACUUCACUGGCGAGGCACGAAAAUAGAGCCCUAGAUGUGAAUGAUGGGUGUUAUCCCAUUCAGACUUACAUAAUAACAAUGGAGACUAAUGCUGCAUUCGAGUUACCUCAGAAGUCAGAAGUCCGAGCUGAAAAUGACGUCACACCCGGGUUCCAAGCAUUUCAUUAACCAAGUUGAAAAAAGGCAAAUUUGGAGUCAGAAACAAGAUGGCUACAUCUAUGAAAGUUAUUUUAGCGCUUGCCUUGUCCGAAUAUGAGGGAAAUAACUUUUUGUAGAUGUAGCCAUCUUGUUCCCGCCUUCAAUUUAGCUUUUUUCCGACUUGGUAACUGAAACGCCUGGAACCUGGGUGUGACUCAUUUUCAGCUCGGACUUCUGCCUUCUGAGGUAACUCAAAUUCAGCAUUAGUACAACAUAAGCAGAGGUACUGCCAUAAGUACAGGGAAUUUCAGUCUUUUGUGUCAUCAUCAUGACUGCAACCCUGUUGUGAUGGGAGCACCAGCUGCUUUUGGUAGCAGAGCAUAGCAGGCAAACAGGAAGUGGAGUUCUGAAUUUGAUGCGAACUGCAACUGGAGGCCAGUGAAGAGAUUAACAGCAGAGUGUCAUGUGCUGGUUUUGGACUGGUUAAAGACCAGACAUGCUUUUGUGUUCUGGAUCAUCUGCAGAGGUUUGAAAGUGCAUGCAGGGAGGCCUGCCAGUAAGAAGCUGCAGUAGUCAAAGGGUACUAUUCUGAGGGCCUGUAAUACUUAAGACAGUGUCUUCUGCUAGCUUCAUUUGUAACUGUUAGAUGACUGCAGAGAUGGGUAGGUGAUAUUUGACAUUUCUCAAUGCACUGGCUUCAUAUUUACAAGUAAAACAUCAUAAAAAGAAUUUUUGAUCUUUUUCUUGUUAUCUGUUGAGCAGAGACUCUGUUUCAGUCAGUCAUUUAUGCCUGUGGAUGGCUUUUCUGGCCUCUGCAUAUCUUAUUUAUCAUUAUAAAUCUAUUACAACCACUGAAAGUUGUUUUCUCAUCAAUAAGAAACACAAACAGAAAAGCUGUGCCAAGUUUAACUUCUAGUAAAUGUCAGUAGCCACAACAGCCCAGCAUGUACUUCAUGUUUUGAGAGAGUCAGUUGGCACUACUCUGGUUUGCAGGAUAUCCUAAAAUAUUCACAUAAAUGAGCCCUUGGAUGGAAAUCCCCCUCCAUACUUAUGAAAAUGCUUGUUAUUGUUGGCCUUUUCUCCCCUUCAACACACAUCUGUUCUUUCUUAUUGUCGACAUGUUGCACCUGUGUUGACAUUAUCUGCUCUAAAAGUAUCACAAAGUUCAACUUUUUUGAAAGUCCAGCGGUUUCCAAUCAGCACAGCCAUAAAUAUAACCCUCUCUCUCUGAAGCGGAUCUUUAAUCUGAGGUGGUAACUUUUGUUAAAAGCUAUAAUUUGGACAACAAGAUAAAACACAGCUGCUACACUGAAAGAAAACAAAGCAUGGUCCUUGAAUAUUGCUUCAUACAAACAUGUCAGUACACAAAAGAGCUCUGUGGCACACACACACACUGACCCAAUUCUGAUUGGACUAUGACUAAAUCUGGCUGCUGUUUGAGAAAUUGUUGAAAGCAGCAGAAAAAAGAUUUAUACAGAGAGUAACAUGAUGUGAGGCAGACGGGUGGACAUGCAAAGCUGCAGAAAAACACAAUGAAACAGAAAAAAGACACCUUUUUAGCAGGUAAAUGUUGACAGGACGUGAACACAUCAUCAGGCAGAGAUAUUUAAAUGUUUGAGAUGUGUAUUAAAAAUGCAUAUAUGCCACAAACUGACUGUCUAUGAUCCUCAUGUGCCAGUAUACAGUUAAAAUACAGUUUCUUUAUCUGAUAGUGCCUCUACAAGUCAAAUAUCUGUCUGCAGAUCCCUCAGAGUUUCUUAUCUUUAUGUAACAACUGAAUAAAAUGACUCUAGGAAGCUGGUAUUUGUCCUUUGGCGAUGGUCCUGGUACAGUUUUCGUGGAGUUCUUCAUGAAGGGUUUAUCCAAGGUCUAAACAAACAGACGGACCCAUGUGUCAUCGGGCAUAUAAACAGGAGCAUCUGAUGUGGUUGGUCGUGUCGAGUUAACGCCCAGCAGAGUUUAGGCCAGAACAGCACUGUUCACGCCAGAUGGGAAGAUCAGCCACAAGUAUCCCCUAGAAACCGCAGCUGUCCUGAGACUGAAGGGUCAGCAGAAUGCGGCAGAGUCUUGGGUGGGGGGGCGGUGAGAGAGAGAGCGCGCGAGAGAGAGAGAGAGAGAAAGAGACAGUCAGGGAAGAACAUUGCCCAUUCUAUGUACAAAUAUUAGAAUGACUAAAUGGGAUCAACAAUUUAUCAAUAUGUAGAUGGUGCUUUAAUGUGCAUUUAAGGGAGAGUGUGGUAAGUUGAGCCAAAGGGUAAGUUGAGCCACCCCCUGUUUCUUGGAAAUGGUAAAAGAAAUUGAUCAUGUGACCAAAUAUUUAGGAGAUGGGCAUCGAUUCAUGGAGUCUGUGAAGAUUAGAAACACACGGGUGAAGGGGUUAGACAUUUAUCUCCAAAAAAACAUUUUUCACUGUUGAAAGUCAAUUUAGUCUGUCAUAAGUUUAAUUAGAAUUGUGUUCAGACCAAAAAAGAUCGUUUUAAAUUUGUUUUAUGCAUCAAUUGUGGUAUCUAUGAGCUACAACAUGAGGUCAAAAACCUAGCAUAAAAGUCCACCAUUUUAGCUUAGAGGACUACUAAAGUCAUAAUAGUUGUUCUGGGGUAAGUUGAGCCAUUUGGCCAGAGUCACAGUUCAGAUUGUUGAAAUGUGUUACUUUUUCUUUUCAGAAAUACAGCUGUGAAUCUUCUAAAUCACUUUUAACAUGAGAAGACAUUCUCAUGUUAAAAUGGCUUUUUACAAAACAGCUUUUAAGCAGUUAUAUGCAAUAAUAAUAUAAAAAAUUAUUGUACCAGUUGAAUAGUGUAUAAUAGAUAAAAAUACAUGAAUAUGAAGAGGUGACUGGUAUUUAGGGAGAGAGAAGGUGAGGGAGGGUUGGGGUGGAGAUGGGGGAUAUGGCUGAACUUACUCUGCUCCUAUGGUCAACUUACCCUGUGUAUGGGGUAAGUUGACCAUAGGGGAUCACUUUUUUUGGUAUGCUAUAUUAUCAAGACAGUUAUGUUUACACUCAUUGUGUUGGUUUGCAGGGAUACACAACAUCUUGAAAUAUAUGCAGUUACACUAGUUAGAGACAAAAUUAUGAUUGCCUUGAUGUAAUGAUCCGAAAUAUAAAAAAUGGCUCAUCUUUCCCCACUCUCCUCUAUGUUGCAGUGAUGGUUUAAAACCUUUAAGGGCUGCAUGAGUGUAAGGAAAGAAGAUUUUGUUCAGCAAUUGUCAGACUUGCUUCCCGAUUUAUGUGAUGCUAAACUAGCAUGUCCAUAUUUCCUUUCUAAAUGAGUAGAUGAGACUGUCAGUGCUCUUUUCCCACUCCAAGAAAGAUAUCCCUUUAAAGCUCCUAUAAGGAUUUUUUUGAUGUCAAUGAAUUAGACCAAAAUUUGUAUUCAUGCCUCAACACAACAUAACAACAUAUGCCAAAGCAAACAAGACCCUUAGCAACAAGAUUGAAGAUUUUAGAUAAAAGGGUAGGUUGUCAGGUAAGCAGCUAAAGCAGCACACUGAUGGCACCAAAAUUGAUGCAAAGCAAAAAACCCACGGGAGCUUGAAAGAAGAUCCAUAUUUUAGAGUUGCUGCUUCAUUUAAAGCUCUGGUGAGGAGUGUUAAGGGGGUAGUUCAACAGAGUAAUGACUUUGGCUACUUCUGAAUGGUAAUUUCAGUGUUCAUAACCACUGCUGCAGGGGAGGUAUCCAAUAGAGAAAGUUACUCUAUGAGAGGUCUCAUCCACACUGAAAAAGUGGCUUUUUAUUUGCAUUUUUGGCCUUUUGUACACAUGCAAACAAAGUUCUAGGUCACAGAAUCAGAGUUAUUUUUCUCAACUUGGCAAAUGUUGUGCUUGCACUUGGUUUCAGCUUGGUACUCGGUUUAAUUUUUAUGUCUACAAGGAUAACGAGCUGGUCUUUGUCAUUGUAUUGCAGUUCAAGGGAAGCGGAAUUUUCUAAUUUAUAUAGCAGUCACAUCUCUGGUAGCUGUGUGCACUCUCUCAUCAGGUUGGGGCCUUUUUAUAUUGCAUGGAAAGCUAACAAAAGCCAGUUUUUCCUCAGACUUCUUAAGGCCGACACUUACUACAACUCGGCAGCAGCUGAGAGAGCGAGUGAGACCAGACUGUUGUUCUUGUAACAUGGUACAAUACCCUCCAGCUGACCUUUUGGCUUCUGCGUUUGUUUUCUGUUCUCAGUAGCCCACCACGACCCGGAGAACACCUUCAACUGCAGCUUCAUCGAACCCCCAUCAGUGGCCGAGCAGCCCUCCCCGUCCUCCUGGUCAUCCCAGGAGUCUUUCUCUUCCUUUGAGAGCGGAGAUGAAGGGCCGGUCUACUGCGUGCCCCAUGAAGGUGAGUCAUCGGAAGAAUAAAUAAACAGUUUAGUUAUCUGGAACAACAAAUCAGAUCCAUGGCAUGGGGGAGGCUUUACACACACACACACACACACACACACACACACACAUACACACACGCUGUUAGACUUAGUUCUCUGAAGACUUCAAAAUCCCCAGUGUGACCGGUCAGUGACUCACCCACUUCUGUAAAUCUCAUUAUGGAGAUAGCCUCUUUAUCAUGUGCCAUCUCAGUCCAGGUUUUGCUUCGAGGACAAGAAAGUAUAAACAGGAAAUGGAAUGGUCAAGUCAGCGUAUGGCUUAGAUCCAAACAGUGACUAACUCCUUGAAGUUUGGUGGAAAACACCGAUCCCAUCAGUUUCUAUUCUGAAAGUCUGACAGUGCAAGUUGGGUUUCUAUUUAAGGGGGAUUUUUUAUGUGUGCUGCAUGACUGAUGGAUACUCUAGCCGUCUUUUCAUGAUUUAGUUCUCCUUCUCCACAAGCUUCAAGGGUUUCUAAUCAAUUUUUUCAAGCCUCUUUUACUCAACAAUUACUGCAAACAUCAUACCAGGGUUUGGAGUUAGAGAUGCAUUGAUAGGAUCUGUUGAACUGAAGUCACUCCAGCCACAAGUAUGCAAGUGCAGACAAGCUAAUUAAGUGGCACUGAUAAGCUUUUACUGUUCUUCUUACAGAUAAGAACAAUGCACCGCUGCUGCGAAUGCCACCUUUGUAUGACAGUGAUUUAAACUAAUGUGCCCUUUUUUUUAGUAUUCACAUUAUAUGAUCCAUUUUAUUUGUUGAGCUUCUAAUACCUGUGAAUUUUCAUGUCCAAGAAACUGAGAGCAGAAUAAACUGGUGUUAAAUUGUGAGCAGUCCUUGACUUAUACCUCUGGAUUUCUCUUCAAUGAUCCACAGACUCCACAGUGAAUGAAAGCAAAGAGAAGCGAAGCCCCAGUCCGGCAGCAGAGAAACCAGAAGCCGAGCUGACUGAGGAGGAUGCCGGAGAGUACACCUCCCUGAAAGACACCAGCGUCACCAAACCAGAGGGCAGCGAGCAGCCUCUGCUCAAGUCCUCCGACAGUGAAGGAUCUACCAGCGGCUCAGAAUCCACCACUGCUACUGCAGCCCUGUAUGCUCGCAUCGCACGCCUUUCCAAGCAGUCCAAAGAGGAUGAUGGGAGCGGCAAGGAUGGGGAUGGCACGCCUACACCAGAGGCAAAGAGAAAUGGGAAACCACCACCUUCACCUGGCAAACCCAAACCUCGACCACCUGACCCAUCCACGAAGCCCAAGGUAUCGUGGAUACAUGGAAAUACCACAGGGUCUCCUCAGCCAGAACAGCAGGGGGGAAUGAAGGCACUAGCCGUGCCAAAAGAGAAAAAGAGGAGCUCAAGUGAUGGCUCAUCCAAGAGCGAGGAGCGGCAGAGAAUGAAGCAACAAAAGAAACAAGAGGCAAAAGAGGCCGAAGUCAAUGGCUCCCCGAGCAAACACAAAGCCUUGUGGGGUAAAAAAUCUGGGGACGAGCACAGCAGUCCCAGCCACAUGGAGCACAUCAAUGGAGUGGUUCAAAAUGCCCUCAAGAAGAUCAGCAACUUCCACACCUCCUCAUUUGAGAAGAAGAGUGCUGAGACGCCAAAGGAGACCCCAAAAGAGCCACCAAAGAGCCCAAAGGUCAUCCACCCUCACAUGAACUCUGAGGCUGCAACACUUCUGGCUGCUCAGCUCAAAGAGAAAACCCAAAGCAUCAACAGGAACGAGGGCACAGGUCUGACAAAGACCAACGGUCUCUCCACGCCUAAGGGAAACCGGGAGAAGCCAACACCUCCACAGAAAGCCAAGAGGACCCCCUCUGGUGGAUUUAGUCAGCAGGGCUCCACUAAGCCCCUGCUGCCCACCUCCAGCAGCCUCCAGAAGAUGGUGGCGCCCGUCGCAACUGACCUUGGGACCCCUGAUACAAAGAGCCCGGAGAAGCAGGACUUGAACGGCUCAAAGGCAGGGGACUCAUCGUUGGAUCCGACACCAAAGAAGACUCCCAUAAAAAAGCCACCCAGGAAGAAAGGCAAGGAGGGAACUUUGGAAACAUCAGAGAGUAAAACACCCCAGCCAAAGACAGCCAUUAUGCCCCCGCAGGUAGUGAAAUAAACAUUCUGAUGGAUUUCAAAAAGACUUUAAUGGAUUUGUCGGAAGGUGAACCAAAUAUUUUUCAAUCAAGGAAUUUUUUCUGUUUGAGCGUGCCAUGACUCCAGGACCGGUCAAGAGUGAGAAUAUUUUAAAAUGGGCACAGUUGAGUCGUAUCGGUGAGUCUUGUUGACCUAUAAUGAUUUCCUAUUGAGUCCUAUAAUGACCUUUAUAUGCCAAGGUAUUUUAUUUCUAGAUAUUUUUAACAACUCUUAAGCGGUCUCACACCACCCAUCUGUGACCGAGCAGGACACAACUGUGAGAGCAGUGGUGCACAGACAUUUCCAUAGUUUAUUCAUCUCUAUUCAUCCACCACUAUAUUUAUAUAUGGAUUGCUUUUGAGGUUGCAUACGUGUCAUUUCUAUGGUGAUUAAAAACAGCUAUUUGUACUCACACUCAUCCCAGGUACUAAAGGUACUAAAACAACAGAAAUUCAACCUGAUGAAUAUUGUAAGCUACUUUAUUCUCUCAUUUUUUAAAGGACCAAUACAGUUUCACUCACUGAGGGAACAUUUCUUUGCAGAUGAUUGUCUCCCGUAUGAUUGUCAUCAACACUUUAAGAGUUUAAAUAUGAUUUUCCAGAAAUCUGUAUCACCUUUAGUUUGUACUCAUCCACUUUGUUUGAAGAGUAAGUUCAGGGUUGAUAGACCACGUCAUUAGAAAGUGUUAAAUUCAUUUGAUUUGAUGCCCAAAAGAAAACUUGAUGCUUUGUGUCUUUUUGACACUUUGAUACCUUUUGGAUACCAUGUGCAUUAUUUUGUUACUUUUACAUUUGAUAGUACCAAACAGAGCAGGGAAAUAAGAUGUUACUUUCUGAUUGCUUUGCGUUCGGAUGUCCACACCUCCACACAAACAUGCAGGAAGGUGCUUGAUUUGUUUUUCUUGCAACUGAAGUUGCUAUUCCUGCAUGCUAUGUAGCGGAUCGAUGUUACAGUUUAGCCUGGCAGUCGUUUGCUCAUUCAUGCUCACGGUUGCUUAUCAUGCUUACUUCGUCCCUUGGUUUUUCUGACGCUCACAAACACUCUUGCCUACUCUUGCUCCUCUUCCUCCUCUCCUCUCUCCAACUGUGCACAGGCUUGACUUUUGGUUGCCCAGGGUACUUUUUGUUGCCAUGUUAUCCAAACAGGUAUCAAAUCCCAUUUUAAACUGGUAUUAUAUUUAAAAUGAAUAUCCGUGUUUUGUGACGAUCUUAGUACAAGACUUCAUUGUCCCCCUCAUUGAGCCUGAACACUUACAUCUUUUCACAUAUACGGGUUGUUUAAAACCAUCCUGAUACUUCAAAUCCAGCUUAUCAUCAGCAUGUGCUCUUGCUAUAGGUUUUGUUUAGUCAGCUUAACCACAAAGCAAAAAAUAAAACCCCAAGCCAUACUUUGCUCUCGCUUAAUGUAAUGCUUUAAAUUACAAGUUGUUUCUCUGUAUUACAGCAACAUCUCCAAUUCCCUUUCGCUGUAGUUAGAGAAAACAUACAACAGGACAAUCUGGGUCCUGUAAAUCAGGAGAAAUGCUUUUGUUAAAGCGACAGUUUUUAGGUAUCCUCUCAGCAGAACGAAGUUGCUCCGUGUCCUUUCUUUUUUCUGUUAUGUCAAGAAACUAGGUCAAUAUCAUCAUGAGCUUUGAACUUGUUUAUGCCAUAGGGGUACUAUCUUUUGUCUGAAACAUGAAGGAUCAAAUUAUCUUAAGCUAGCAGAUUGAUGCUGGAGUUGUUGAGUGCUUCAGCGUAAUGUUGCAGGAUAAGGUCUAAUGGUACAAUGCCUCGAGUGCCUCAACUGUGGAUCAGUUAAAGCAGAAGAAGCUACGUUUGCCUUAAUGUCGGUGUCAUGUUUGUGUCAAGAGAUGUAAACCAAACACAAGCUGGGGGGGAUCUUUGAACUGAUUACAGUUAGAUUACAGUAAAUGUUGAAGUUUAUCCAAACUCAAAAUCUGAGCUUUAAAAAUGGACUGUAGGUAUAUGUGCCAAAAAAAAAAAAAACGUGAAUAAUAUUUUACACUCAAAGCUAAGUUGAGAAUUUGUCAUGUGUUUCUAUCAAGGUACAGCACAUUUCUUCUUUAUUUUUUCAACAUUUUCUACUUGUAUACAUCGUGUACUUUUCAUGAUCUUUGUAAGCUGUGCUUAUAUGAACGUUUCCUUUGUAGUUCUUGUGUUUUUCUUGGUGUCAAUGAACUGGCUUUCAUGUUUGCUUUUUUUGUACAUUGCUUAUCCUCCUGUAAGGGUUACAUUGGCUCUGUAAUUGUCCUCUGUUGAUGUUAUUGUCGGUGUAACUGUAUGACGCAGAGUGUAAUUAUACGGCAUUGCUAUCUGCACAGGAAAUCUGUAACCUUUUUCUUCUCUUCCCUGGUUACUGUUGCCGCUCAUGAGAAAUAACCAAUACAGAAAGGUUUGUACAGUAUAACUAUGAUACCACUGUCAAAACGCCUGCAUUUACCUUAAAACCAUAACGUUGUGUAAUAUGAAAUGGCAUUUUUAAAAAUACUGACUGGCCCAUGCCUGUUUUUAAAGGCUCACCGUGCAUUAUUAAAAGGAGGGCCUGAAAGCUGCAAAACAACCAACUGUACGUUUUUUUUUUUCUUUGAUUUACAUAUGUGUAUGGUCAUUGUUUCCUCAUUUACUUCUUUGGAAUAAAAAAGCAAGAACUUUUAAAGCCA